CGGGGCAGGCUGUAGCAGCAAGGGCUGGCCGGCCGCCAGGAAGUGUAAAAUCCUGGCCGGUGGGUGGCAAAUUUCGCCAGAUCGCGGCGAGGAGGCAGCGCGUCCGUCCAUCCGUCCGUCCGUGUGUCGGUGCGUGCGGCGGGCGCGGGGAGCGGCAGCCCGGCAGCCCGGCAGCCCGGCCCGGGAUUGCUUCAGUUCCUUCAUCAUGCAGCGCGUGGCACAACCCGGCACGGUGGGGAACUGCUAGUGCAGGGCUGACUCUUUGGUCUUCACUGAGUCCUUGGGCUUGAAGACUCAUGGACAUUGCUGAGAUUGGCGCUUGAACCUUGGAGAGAAGAGCGUUUCUGAUGGUCCUGCUCAGCUCCACCUGACCCUAUGAAAGGAGGGUUCACCGUAGCUCUGUCCUUGGCGCUGCAGUUCCACAAGAUGGGCUCGUUCAGAAGGCCUCGACCUCGCUUCAUGAGCUCCCCUGUCCUCAGUGACCUGCCUCGGUUCCAGGCAGCCCGGCAGGCGAUGCAGCUCAGCUCCAACUCUGCCUGGAACAGCGUCCAAACAGCAGUGAUAAAUGUGUUCAAAGGGGGAGGCUUGCAGAACAAUGAACUUUACACCCUCAAUGAAAAUAUCAGACGGCUGCUGAAGAGUGAACUUGGAUCCUUCAUCACAGAUUACUUUCAGAACCAGCUCCUUGCGAAAGGUUUGCUGUUUAUGGAGGAGAAGGUCAAGCUGUGUGAAGGUGAGGAUCGCAUUGAUGUCCUGUCUGAAAUCUGGGAUCACUAUUUUACAGAGACUCUUCCUACACUCCAGGCAAUAUUCUACCCAGUCCAGGGUCAGGAGUUGACUAUCCGUCAGAUUGCUCUUCUUGGCUUCAGAGACUUGGUCUUGCUAAAGGUGAAGUUGGAAGAAAUCCUUCCCCUGGUCCAGACGAAGGUUCCAGCUUCCAUUGUCCAGAUGCUGUUAAUUCUGCAGAGUGUCCAUGAGCCUACUGGCCCCACUGAGGGCUACCUGCAGCUGGAAGAGCUGGUCAAGCAGGUGGUAUCACCAUUCUUAGGUUUGUGUGAGGAUCACAGCUCCUCUGGUAGCACCUGCUUGCUUGAGAGACGGUACUCCAGAUCCCGGCCUAAGGCCCUGACCCCCCUGACCGAGCAGGAGGGCGAGGCUUACCUGGAGAAGUGCGGGAGCAUCCGGCGGCACACGGUUGCCAACGCUCACUCGGAUAUCCAGCUCCUGGCCAUGGCCUCCAUGAUGCACACGGGAAUGGUCGUCGAGGAGUCGGACAGUUCUGACAAGUGCCUCCUGCUGCAGCCCAGCUGCUUCAGCCACAGGCAGUGCUCCAGCGAGCCCAGCAUCGCCGAUGGCCCCGACGGAGUCGUGGCCCCGGGCAGCAGGCAGGACCCUGCCGAGCUCAACUGCACCUCUGUCAGCUAGAAGGAGUCUGGCUGAGGAGUGGAGAACUGUAUGCACUAAGCUGGACAAAGUGGUGUGUCAUCCCUGCUGGGAAAAAGACAGAAAAAUAGGAAUUUUGCUCAUGUCAUUGAAAUGGGCUCAAGUGUUUUAAUGGCUGAGAAUGCCCUCUAGAUAAGUUCUUGUACCAGUCUGGGAUCACUGUUGAUGGAGGUACCAGGCUGCUCCCAGAUGACCACUGAGGGCUACAUAUGUUUUGCUGUUGAGCAGCAUGAUCUGCCUUCUGUAAGCUUUCUCCCUCUACUGGUAUAAAGUGUUUGGCAUCGGGCUUCUUUCUUUUUCUUUGGUAUGAUACAAAUUGAGUUCUUUCUGCUUUUCUCCAUCUUUCCCAGUUGUGCUGCUUCUUUGUUCUCUGUCCCUACAGUGGAGGCCUCUGUGCUCAGUGUUCUCUAAUUCUGGUGCUAGCAUGGUGAAUGCUGAGCACUUCAUUUCUCUUACAAAGUUGAACUCAGGGAUGAAACUAUUUGCAUCCUGCAGAAAGAUCUGCUGAGGUGGCUUGUGAGAGGAGGAGAUCCUUCACUUUGCUUCCCAUGAGGAUGAAUGAAAAGUCCAAAUCAGAAUUAAUCAGACUUACCUUUUUCCCGGGCCCAAAGAGAACCGAGUAUAUGUGGAGUCCAAGCUGAGUACUUCAUAUGUAUUUUAUUUGGUUCCAGUCAUACCUUGUUGGUUCUGGUAUAAAUUGGGUGCAAAGGAUGGCUUUGCAUGGGUGUGUAAAUUGGGUGCAAAAUAUACUGAGCAUCCUGGCAUUUGGCAUCAAUUCGCUCUCAAAAUUUCAGUGCUGAUAGGGCUAUGAUGAAAGAGAAAAUCAAAUGGGAAGAAGAUGCUGCACUUCUGUGGGAGAUGUAAGGGUGCUUCUCAGCACUGUGCCAUCGUGACUCCAGAUCCAGGAGGUGAUGAUCAGGAUUUCAUCCUGGGCCUACCCUGGUGCUUUUAGCACUUGAUUCCAUGAGACCGAGGCUAAACAGCGGGGUGUGGAAAGGAGUCCUGUCUCAGUGUAUUCAUGAAGUGCUCCUGACCUCCAGUGGUAUCUGACUCAGUGCAGUACUGCUUUUACAAUAAAGUGAGGGCUCUUUGGUUUUGUUUUUAUUGUGAAGAUCAGGAGUGGGUCCAGUUUGCAGGUGUCUGUCAGUCACUGCAGCCCUCAGUGUCUGCUUUGUAGCAUCACUUGGUUCUCCAGUGCUGCUUGUGUGGGGACAGAGCCAAUCUGUUUGAGCUGUCCCCAGGACACUCUGCUGAUGUCUUGCUAAGUAGAUUUGCAAGUGUAAUUACAGGCUUAGAGGUGAACUGCAGUGCUGCCUUAAAUGUCAAAUCACAUUAAAAAUAUGGACACAACACAACCACCACUUCAAUCUACUCCAAGUGGUACUGUAAAUGAGUGUGUCUUGACAAGGAAGCAGAAGGUUAGGAUGAGCCUUCAGGAUGUUUUCUUGCAUGCUGUGACAUUAACUGCAGAAUUUGCCCUGCUUCUGUUGGGCAUUGAGCAUCUUCUGCUCCACUGACUGCACUGGAAGUACAUCUCUGAGCUGCCAGCAUUUGGCAUUAUUAGCACAUGCAACAAAAGGAGAGCAGGUUAUUUGGUAACAAAGCAUCAGAAAUACCAGCUAUGAGGACAAGGUGUGCUGCCUUGAUAAAUGACAGUGUUGCUUUGUCUACUGUGAUUUGCAGUGAUGGGAGAGAUACUUGGAAGAGCCUUCUUUUCCCUCCCGUCACUGGAGCUCUUGGGCUUUGAGGAAGGACUGAGUGUUUGGAUCACCAGUUGUGCUUUCCAUGUCAGGAAAAGAGGUUCAGUUGUGCUGCCUGCCUCCUUCUCCUCCUCAGAGCAGCCACAGUCCAGCAGAGGCCAGGAAGAUGUGUCUUUAAGCCACAUUCCCUUCAGAUGGAUUCUAGGAAAAGUUGCUUUCCUGUUCAUAAAUGGGACUGACCAGGCCAACUUACUGUCACCUGCCCCAGGGCAGCCAUGGAUUGUGGUGGAGCUUCAGAAUCUCUGUGGUGGCAGCCAAACCAUGCUGGUCUCACCUUGGCACAGUCCCUCCAGCAUGGGGUAGAUGAUGGUGUCCUGCUCACAUUUAAUUUCUUUGGCCCCUUGCCAUGAUUUAAAGCCUUCUCUUAGUCACCCUGAAGUGUGUGGGAAGGUGGUCACCCUGCAGCAUUUCAGUUCACUCUUAUGAAUGCUUUUCUUCUUCUGUUUCUCCUUUAACCCAUUUGCCUUCUGUGAAUACCCAAACCAUUUUGAUUAGAGAGCAGCACCCUCUUUUACGGUGAAAACCAGAAUGAUUUAUUUAUUUCCUGACAUAUUCUUGGAUCAUCUCUAGGGCUAAUAGGAGUUAGUCCUGGUUUUAACUUGAAUUUCUUUUGUUUUACUCAUAUGUAUGAUUUUAAUUAUUUUGGUUUUGUAUAUGUUACUUUGCAAAGAUUUGCACCAAGCCCUCUGAAUCAUGCACUUCCCCCAUUGUUUUGUUUUUAUGGAGAAUUAAAGCCAGUGGCUUUACUUUGUAAACUGAAGUAAACACAGCCUGUUCUGUAAACCA